AUGGACGCGCCCGAUCGCAAGAGACUAAAGUCGACGUACAAGGCGGCACAGGAUCUCCCGCUGCUGCCGUCGGGCUGGACCGAACACACGGCUCCAACAGGCCACAAAUACUACUACAACACGGCGACAAAAGCCUCAACAUAUACACGACCAGCCGCCGCUCCUGCAGUCCCUACUCCGCCUCAAGCCCAGCCCGCCUAUUCUCCUCCGCCGGCUACCUUCCCUCCAGCUCAGUACAACCAAACCCCUGCUGCCCAAUACAACCCAAACCCUGCCGCUCAAUAUGGCCAAUCCGCCGCUGCAUACAAUCCAUACCCAUCAAAUGCUCAGUAUAAUCCAUAUCCACCAUAUGGCCAGCCUGCAAUCAACUCUGCUGCUCCCUCUCACGAGCCACGACGUCGACCACAGCCCCAAGAUCGCCCAAAGCGCAAAGAAGUCAUUCCUGAUUGCAAGCCAUGGGUCGUUGUCUAUACCAAGCUUGGACGACGCUUCGUCCACAACCCCGAGACCAACGAGAGUUUCUGGAAGUUUCCAGACGACGUCAUGAAGGCCGUUGUUGAAUUCGAUCGCUUAAAACUGGAUGACAAGCUCAAGAAUCCGGACGAGGCCAGUGGUGCCAACAAGGCCCCUGUAACAGAACGCGCUCCUAGGCAAGAACCAGCAAAGGCGCCUGAGAAACCGUCUGAGAAGCCUGAGGACAAGGCCAAAUCGCAAGAACCGGACAAGCCACAAGAAGAUGCCGCUGGAUCCGACUCGGAGUACGAGGAAAUCGAAGUUACAGAUGACGAGGACGAGGAGGGCGGUGCGCCGCGACAAGAGGAAGACGGCGCAGAAGCCGAAGAUGGACCUCUCGAAUUCGAUGAGGACGAUAUUGCCUAUCAGCUGGCUGCGAUGGAAGACUCGUACGGCCUCGAUCGUGGCGAGUUUGGAGGUGGUGGUGAAGACGAAUAUGAAGAGGGCAUGGAAGGCAUCCCCCUGACCGACGAGGACGGCGCAGCAUUAUUUUGCGACAUGCUCGAGGACCAACACAUCUCGCCCUACAUACCUUGGGAAACUCUCAUCUCCGACGGCCGCAUCAUAGACGAUAGCAGGUACACUGCUCUACCAACCACAAAGCGCAGGAAAGAAGUUUGGGGCGACUGGACUCGUACCAAGAUCGUACAAAUCCGCGAACAAAAGGCCAAACAGGAGAAACUGGACCCACGCAUUCCCUACUUGUCUCUACUGUCUGAAAAGGCAACGCCAAAGCUCUACUGGCCAGAGUUCCGCAGGAAAUAUAAGAAAGAAGAUGCUAUGCGCGAUGCAAAGCUCGGUGACAAAGAGAGGGAGAAGUUAUACCGCGAACACAUUGCUCGUCUGAAGCUUUCGUCCUCACAGCUGAAGUCGGAUUUGGUUGCUCUUCUGAAGUCUCUACCCCUCAAACACCUGAACAGAGACACCAGACUCGAGAAUCUACCCAAGGAUCUUUUGAUUGAUAUUCGAUUCAUCUCUCUACCUCCCAAAGCUCGAGAUGAUCUACUGGAAGCCCACAUCUCUACUUUGGCACCCGCGCCGGAUGAGGAGGAAGCAGCAACCGAGGAGGAGAGAGCAGAGCAAGACAAACGAACCAAGGAGAGGAGACGAAGGGAACAGGCUCUGAGGGAGAGAGAACAGAAAGUUGAAGAAGAGAAGCGAAAGAGAGAGAGGGAUUUGGCCUUUGGACGUGGUAGAUUAGGUGAGACUGAGAGGGAGUUGGAGAUGGCCAUGAAGGUCGGGAGAAGCGGGUUAAGAGCGCAGAUUGACGAGGCCAAAGAGGUCGAGGAGUAG